AUGAGGACACAAUCUGACUACGUGAAAUUCUACAUGUCAGGAAUAAGAAGUCAGAGAGCACAGAGGAGAAAGGCACUGCCUCCUAGGACAGAGAAAAUGGCUGUUGACCAGGACUGGCCCAGCGUGUACCCUGUUGCAGCGCCAUUUAAGCCCUCUGUAGUCCCUCUUCCUGUUCGAAUGGGUUAUCCAGUGAAAAAGGGUGUGCCCAUGGCAAAGGAGGGCAAUCUAGAACUUCUGAAGAUCCCCAAUUUUCUGCAUUUGACUCCUGUAGCGAUUAAAAAGCACUGUGAAGUUCUUAAAGAUUUCUGCACGGAGUGGCCAGCCGCACUUGACACUGACGAGAAAUGUGAGAAGCAUUUUCCAAUUGAAAUCGACACAGCUGCCUACGUUUCAUCAGGACCGUCCAUUCGCAAUCCCAAGGCACGAACAGUAACCUUAAGGGUUAAACUUUCCAGUUUGAAUUUAGAUGACCAUGCAAAGAAGAAAUUGAUUAAACUUGUAGGAGAACGAUACUGCAAGACCAGUGAUGUGCUGACCAUCAGAACAGACAGGUGUCCUUUAAAGAGACAGAAUUACGACUAUGCAAUAUAUCUACUAACAGUUUUAUACCAUGAGUCUUGGAAUCCAAACAAACUCUAUUCCGCAUUCACUGCGCUUUGAUCUGUAAUGCUAAUUGCUGCGAUGCCAGGAUGAGUAGCCACCUGUAACCGGCCUGAACAGCACUGAAGAAUUCCUGUGUGUAAACGGGCUCUUGGUCCUUUCUCAACGAGGACAUCGGUGAGGAAGCAACAGGAGUCACUGUGUACUUACACCCCAUGUGGGAUCUGUCCCUAAUGUGUCGUCUAAAGCGAAGUGAUGCUAUAACUAGUACUGAAACAGUAUUUUUAUACUUUGCGUUUCUGUGUGG